AUGGCCAGGGCCUUGUUGGCGGCCCAUGGCGGCGUCGGCUCAACCUACGUUGUCACUGGGGCUCUCUUUCUCUUCUGCAUGGUGGUGGCGUCUCUCUCUAUCAUUCCAACCAUCCUCUUCGCGUGUGGUGAUGGUGGUACGAAGAAAAAGGCUAGCGGCUGCUGUAGCGGCGGCGGCGGCGGCGGCUGUGGGGGCGGCGGUGGGGGCGGCGGCUGCUGUGGUGGUGGGGGCGGCGGCUGUGGUGGCGGUGGCUGUGGUGGCGGUGGUGGUUAA